AUGUCGGAUGCUGGAAGGAAUUACAUACCCCCCUGGAUGCGCUACAUGCAGCGCGACACCGGAAACUGGGGCUUUGUCAUCUACCGGUGCGCAUGCUACCGCGACCCCGAUCGAUGGGCCCGGUACCGCGCAGCGCUUGACCGGGUCUGGGACAAUGCGUGGAAGCUCUGGUUCCGCAGUUACCGGUCCAAUGGGGUCACCGAGGAGAUGUGCCAUAUGGCAACGGAGCGGAUGGAUUUGGUGUGGGUAGAGGAUCAGCAGUUGCAGGGCAAGGGAGUGGAUGAGGUCCGGAGCUCCUUCAAGAAACUGCAAGAAGCCAUGCCAUCACCAGACACCGAGCCACGACUCAGCCAAGACCCCUGGAAUUUGGAUCUACCGAUUCCCUACCACAAGGACCGCCAGGUCUGUCUCUUCGUCGAUGAGGAGUCCGUCACGUCCCUGAUUGGUCCUCCAGGGCAGGAGGUCUCGCUCCCGGAGGACCCAAUGAGUGCCAUUCGCAAGCACGUCCGCAACAGCUACAUUAUGGCGGUCGAUGCAGACUACAGCCCGGAGCAUGGCUAUGUUUCUGGGAGAGCGCCCGCUCCGUACACCGGCUGGGUUAAAAUUGCCGUGGGGGUUGUUUUCACAGAACUAUGUCCUAAGAGGAUCUGGAUUAAUGAUAUGCUUCCUCUGGAUUAUAUGUAUAGUCAGGCCCAUGAGCGGGAUUCUUCGGGUGGGGUUUGGAGUGGCUAG